UCACGUGACUCGUGUAGACACUAGACGAACAGCCGCGUCUCUGCGGCUGCUUAAGCGUCGUAAAUUGGGAUUUUUUUAUAUAAAAGACAGGAUGGAGAUUGAAAUUGCUCGUCCGUAUUUCUUUGGAGACAUCGGCUGCUGGUCCGAGAGAACCGAGGUGCACCAGGCGGCGUCCCUCGGCCAGACGUCCCAGCUGCAGCGUCUCAUCCGAAGCGGGGCGUCGGUCAACGUGGUGGCGGUGGACUCCAUCACGCCGCUGCACGAGGCCUGCGUCCGGGGACAGGCCCAGUGUGUCCGGCUGCUGCUGGACGCCGGAGCCCAGGUGGACGCGAGGAACGUGGACGGCAGCACCCCGCUGUGUGACGCCUGCUCAGCCGGGAGUCUGGAGUGUGUCCGUCUUCUGCUGGACCACGGGGCCAAGACCAACCCCGCCCUCACGUCCCGCACCGCCUCCCCCCUCCACGAGGCCUGCAUGGGGGGGAACUCUGAGUGUGUGAAGCUGCUGAUCGCCACGGGUGCUCGCCUGGAGGCGUACGACCUUUACUACGGGACCCCGCUACACGUAGCGUGUGCUAACCAACACACACACUGUGUUAAGGAGCUGCUCAAUGCAGGUGCUAAGGUGAACGCCGCCCGGCUACACGAGACGCCGCUGCACCACGCUGCUAAGAACACCCAGGUGGAGAUGGUGAAGAUGCUGGUGGAGUUCGGGGCCAACGUCCACGCCCGAGACCAGCACAACAGGAGACCCGUGGACUACGCCGCGCCCGGGUCGCCCUCGGCCACCUGCCUCCACUUUUACGAGACCACCCCCAUGACCCUGCAGCAGCUCAGCAGGCUGGCGGUGAGGAGGACGCUGGGCACCAGAGCUCUGGGGGUCAUGGGUCAACUCCACGUACCCAAGCUCCUCAUCCGCUACCUGUGCUACCAGUAACCCCGAGGACCACCG